UGCGCCACUGAACAUGGCGGAAGAGGAAAAAUCCGCAAACGGACUGCAGUUGAGCACGCAAUGGAGGGAAGCCUCAAACUGGCAUGCUGCAAUACUCCAGUAUUUGGCAGAGCAGGUCCCCCAUAUUUAUUGCCUGCAGGCUGAGCCUCAACCAGUGGAAGAAGAGAAGAAAGUUCAGGAUCGUGUCCUAUACCCUCUAGAGUGCUUCUUGUUUGGGGAGGAACCACAAGUUGGUUUAGAGAAAUUGCAACAGAGACACUCCAGUUUAUCCUCCCAGCAGUGUGGACGUGUGUUCAAAGAGGGUGAAACUGUCUACUCCUGCAGGGACUGUGCAAUAGAUCCUACCUGUGUGCUAUGUAUGGACUGCUUUCAGAACAGUGUACACAAAAGCCACCGCUACAAGAUGCAUGCAUCUGCAGGAGGAGGUUUCUGUGACUGUGGGGAUAUGGAGGCCUGGAAGACUGGUCCCUGCUGCUCCCAACAUGACCCUGGCACUGCUGAAGCUAUGGAGACGGAUGAGUGUUUGUUGGACGCGGGUCUGCAUGAGCGUGCUCAGAAGCUUUUCCAGGUGCUCCUGCAGUACUUUGCUGAUCUGAUUGUGUGGGAGGAGGGUAGUGAACUUCCAGAAGAUUUGAAACCUGGAGUGAGGGAGGACACAUACUACUGUGUGCUUUACAAUGAUGAACGCCACUCCUUUGAUCAUGUGAUCUACACACUUCAGAGAGCAAUCAGCUGUAGCCCUGUUGAAGCUCACACACACACUGCUCUCAUUGACAAAGAGGGGCGCAGAGCUGUCAAAAGAGGAACCUUGAGAUCCUGUCAACAAGACAAAGAACAAAUUAGGGCCAACUCGGAGCACAUUACUCAACAGCCCCUGAGAGUGGAGAUCCUGCACUCAUCAGUGAUGGCCCAUCAGACCUUUGCCCUUAGACUGGGCACCUGGUUCCAGCAGAUCAUUGGCUACUCAGUGGGCUUUAGGCAGGUAUUUUGCCAGGUGGCUCUUCAGCCGGGUGCUGACAGUGUUACUCCCUGUUUAAUCAGCAGGCUCAUGUUACAUGAUGCCAGACUUUACAAAGGAGCUCGCAAGGUCAUCCAUGAGCUGAUUUUCUGUAGUAUGCUGAUGGAGACAGACUAUAAAAGGCAGUUUGCAAUAAAAUUUACAGAGCUUUAUAAGCAGUUACAGGAAGAUUUCAUCAGUGAUGAUCAUGAGAGGAACCUCUCCAUUACAGCCUUGUCUGUACAGAUCUUUACUGUACCCACCCUGGCCAGACAGCUGAUUGAGGAAGGCAAUGUAAUAAAGGUGAUUAUAGACACAGUCAUGGAGAUGCUGAGGGAACAUCUGGAUCGAAACCAACGCUUCCAUUUUCAGGGCUAUAAUUCUGACAAGUUCUUCCGGGUUCAAGUGAUCUUCCAUGAUCUCAAGUACAUUCUCAUCAGCAAACCCACAGUAUGGACUGAACCAUUAAGGGCAAAGUUUUUGGAAGGUUUUAAUGUCUUUCUGGGGCUGCUAAACUGUAUGCAGGGAAUGGAGGAAGUAAAGAGGCAGUUUGGUCAGCACAUUGAGGUGGAGCCAGAAUGGGAGGCUGGGUUUACUAUCCAGAUACAGCUCCGUCACAUUCUGUCCAUGUUUCAGGACUGGUGUGCCUCUGAUGAAAGGGUUUUGCUGCUAGCAUUUCAGGAAUGUCACCGUGCACUUCUGCGCUGCACCAACCAGCCAUUUCACAGCCAAUCCACUGACUACUACAUGUGCAAGCACAUCCUCCAUACACGCACCUACAAAGUCUCCCAAGAACCCGUUUCUAUCCACCUUCCAAUAUCCAGACUGCUGGCUGGUCUGUAUGUACUCUUGUGUCAGACUGGCGUUAUUAAAUACCUUCCUGACUUUGUGGAACCUGAUCAGCUAGAUUUUUCUCUGUUUGCGGAGCAGUCUGUGCGCUGCCUGGUACUGGCUGCUCAGGUGUCUGCAGAGAUGUGGCGCAGAAAUGGGCUCUCCCUUGUUAGUCAGAUGUAUUACUAUCAGGAUGUAAAAUGCAGAGAUGAAAUGUUUGAUAAGGACGUUAUCAUGCUUCAGAUUGCUGCCUCCAAAAUGGACCCAAACCACUUCAUCAUGCUACUUCUAUUGAGAUUUGAGCUCUUUGAGGUGUUUAAUGGAAACAGCUCAAGUAAGGAUCAGGACCUUCUGAAGCAGUGGAACAGACUGACUGAAGAAAUGCUGCACUCGUUAAUCAUUAUCAUAGGUGAGCGGUACGUGCCUGGAAUCAGUAAUGUCACUAAAGAGGAUGUGACGAUGAGGGAGGUGAUUCAUCUGCUGUGUAUAGAGCCCAUGGCUCAUAGUAGCCUGGUCAAAGGUCUGCCUGAAAAUGAAAGUCAUGAAACUGGUCUUGAAACGGUUAUUUCAAAAGUUGCAACAUUCAAGAAACCCGGAGUUUCAGGUCAUGGCUUAUAUGAACUAAAGAAGGAAUGGCUGAAGGAGUUUAAUCCUUUCUUUUACCACUACACCAAAUCGCAGCAUAGCAAGGCUGAAGAUGCACAGAAGAAAAAAAGAGUUCAGGAAGGGAGUCACAAGGCUUUGAGUCCACCUGUGCCUCCUCCUCUCUGCCCUUCCUUCUCCAGCAUUGUGCGUCUGCUUUGCUCUGAUGUGUUCGUCCAUGUUCUGAGGAGAGUGUUACAGUGGGCAGUAGAGGAGCAUUCUGCUCUGUGGAGUGAAGCUGUGUUUCAGAGGGCAUUGCAUCUUGUAGGCCAGGCACUGCUAGAGGAGAAAACCCAGUUGGAGGCCAGCAGUGUCGAAGAAGUGACCUUUGACUUCAGUCUCAAAGCUCGAAAAGUUGGCUCAGAUCAUGGGAAGUCAUUGUUCCAAUUGCUGUCCAAAACUAAGACGCUUUCUUUUCUUGAAGCUCAGAUUGACAUGAUUAAUUGGACUCUACAGAUGUUUGAGAUUGUGAAGUGCCUUCGUGAAAAAUCCAGCCCUACAGCUUCAUGUGCAGCUGAUCAGACAAAGGUGGAGGAGAGCGGUCACGACAAAGAUAAAGCAGAGCGCAAGAGAAAAGCCGAGGCUGCUAAGCUACACAGGCAGAAAAUCAUGGCUCAGAUGUCUGCUAUGCAGAAAAACUUCAUUGAGACUCACAAAUUGCUUUAUGACAACAUGCCUGAAAGUGGGACUCAAGGCGAGCCGGUGACCUCCAGAGAGAGCACUGAAAUGCAGCUGGAGAGUCGUGUGGCAGUGGGGCCUCAGCAAGGCACGUGCCCUGCAGACUGGGAAACUCUUACCUGCAUUCUGUGUCAAGAGGAGCAAGACGUAAAGCCACAGGCUCCAGCCAUGGUUCUCACCGCCUGUGUGCAGAGAUCAACAGUGCUCACCCAGUGCCGAGGCAAAACCCUCUCCCCAAAGGAAAACUCCUAUCCAUUGUUCAUGCCCCCUGAGCUAGCAGUGGGCACACACACCGGUAGCUGUGGUCAUGUCAUGCAUUCAACCUGCUGGCAGAAGUACUUUGAGGCAGUGCAGAACACCACUCGGAACCGGUUGCACACUGAGCUGAUAAUAGACCUGGAGAAUGGAGAAUACAUGUGUCCUCUCUGCAAGUCUCUCUGUAACACUGUUAUUCCCAUGAUUCCUGUGGAGCCCUGCAAACUUGACCACGAGAGUGCUGAGCUGGUUGGACAGUUCCUCACUCUUCCUCGUUGGAUACAGAUAGUACUGGCUCGCAUCAAAGGACUCAGAGCUGCUCAAGAAGCUGAAAAGGGUGCUGAGGCAGUAAAAGAAGAAACUGGGUUCAUGGAUGAUGGACAGACUGACUUUAGGUCAAUCCUCAGUUUUGGAGUUCAGUCACUCCCAAAGUACUCAAGGGGUAUAACAGAAAUGCUGGUAGUGUGUGCCACUACCGUGCACAGGGUCGGUCUGCAGACAUCACCCAACGAGCUGUGCCCUCACGUACCAGUCAUGACCUGGAAUACCUGCGCAUACACCAUUCAGGCUACAGAAAACAUGCUGCAGGAAGAGGAAAAAGCUCUGUUUGGAUCACUGCAGAACAGACAGCUGGCUGGUCUGAAAGCCCUGGUGCAGUUCUCAGCCAUUUACCGACUGAAGAGCUCACAAAGUGUUGUACAGAAGCAUUUUGCAGACAUGCUAGCAGUGUUGCUACCUGUCUUUAAUACAGAAAGCACUCCUUCAAUCUUGGAAGUAGAUUUCUUUCAUCUCCUGGUGGGACUUGUUUUAUCUAUACCUGCUCUGUACCAAGAGGGAAAUGUUGACCUGCAGCCUUCAGCCAUCAGUGCAGCUUACAAUCACCUCCACAUAGUGCAUUUAGUCACCAUGGCCCACGUAGUCCAGCUCCUUCUGUCUUUACAGGACUCUGGUGCAGAAACACGAGGAAGUGAUGACCCAGAAGAACGCAGAGCAGCAGAAGCGCUUUACUCUACUGUAUUACUGCACACUGAGGGGCUAAAAUCAGGCAUAAGUGCUUCAGUGAUUGCAGAAAGAGUAAAGAAAGGUGUUCUACCCUUUCUUCGCUGUGCUGCACUGUUCUUUAAUUGCCUUACAGGAGUGCCCCCUCCAGAGGAGCUGUCAAGUACUGAAGUGUCUUUGGAGAAUCAAUUACCCUUGCUGUGUAGUUACCUUGCUUUGCCAGGCAACCUGUUUCAACUCUUUCAGGACAACAAGAGCACUGUUGCGCCUCUAAUACAGAGGUGGUGCGGGAAUGCAGCUGUAUCAAAAGCUCUAAAGGGAGAAAUCCACAUUGUCAGGUAUCCACGGAUAAGAAACAAGUUAAUAAAUCUUCCUGAGGACUACAGUGUGCUCCUUAACCAGGCCUGUCACUUUAAGUGCCCAAACUCGUCAGAUGAUGAGCGGAAGCACCCUACUCUGUGUUUGUUCUGUGGAGUCAUGCUGUGCUCUCAGAGCCCUUGCUGUCAGGUGCAGCUUGAUGGUGAGGAUGUGGGAGCCUGCACUGCUCAUGCCUUCUCCUGUGGUGCCGGAGUGGGCAUGUUCCUCAGGGUGAGAGAGUGUGAGAUUGUUCUGAUGGCCAGCAGGACACGUGGAAGCACGUAUCCAGCACCGUACUUGGAUGAGUAUGGGGAAACAGACCCUCAACUAAGUCGUGGCAACCCGCUACACCUCUGUCCUGAGCGCUACAGGAAGCUUCAUCAGCUGUGGCAGCAGCACUGUAUUCUCGAGGAAAUUGCCCGCAGUCUGGAGGUGCUCAAUGUCAUGUUUGCUUUCGAGUGGCAGAUGCUCUGAGCUCAGGAAUACAGCUGCUGGACUGCAGGGAGUAUUGCACCUUCCACUAGCUUUCAUAUAUCUUUCCUGUGCUUUUGCCCUGUGUAGUAUCUUUUCCUUAUAGCAUUUAUUAACACAGUAAGUAGACAGUUGAGGGCAGCAGGGCAAUAACGGUGAGACGUGGCGGGUUCUUCUAGUCCGAUUUUCACUUGUUUUUGACUUGCCUCUUAAAGCGUAUUACUGUGAAUUGACAAAGACUUGCAGCUUUAAAUUCCUUACACAACUCAAACUGUUUCUGUCAUUACAUUAUAAUGUUUUCUUCUUAAAGUGUAAAGAGUAAAAAAGAGAGCUUUAUAUUGUGUUGCUUGUAUAUGCACUUUUUGCAAAAGAUGCUUCACGUUCUUUUGCAUUUGUGUAAAAUGCUUGCUCAGUUUUUGCUCCUCCUUGAAUACAGACUUGUCAACUUUCCUCAUCAGUGUGUUAAAAACUGUAAGAAUAUAUUAUAUAUAAUCAUUACACUAAGAUUUCAUAAAUGUUUCCAGAUGUGGCAAAGAAUUGUGCCAGUUUAAUUGUUUACUACGUUUAGAUUUUCACAUAUGGCAACAUAUAAACAAUUAUGACGAUGUAUAUAAAUCAUUAACAGAUUAUUUUACUAUAUAAAUACGAGACAGUGAUGGAAACCAUAUCUACAGAAACAAGUCAAUAAAUAAAAUUUCAGCCACCUUCUAUAUCAAUAUAUAUGCAGACAUUUAUUUAUAAGCUGUUGAUUAUGAUAAAUGGUUCUGUAUAUGCUUUACCAUACAUUCUUAUUGGAAAUUUUUUAAGGAUUAAACUAAAGUCACACAUGGUUUCAUUUUGCACUUGCUUGUUUGCAUCGCCUGGAAGUCUUCUUGGCCUGCUAAAUAAACUGUAUAAUGUGUAACAAAAAAUAAAAUUCAGACAAAGAA